CAAUGGCAGAUGAGCAGUUGAUGCUUCUCUCAGUCUUUCAUCACUGCUGAUCUGAAUUACACACACACACACACACACAGAGAGAGAGAGAGAGAGAGAGAGAGAGAGAGAGAGAGAGAGAGACACACACGCUGCAGCUGCUGCAUGGCUUGUUUCUGGGUUAUGGACACGCGAGUGUGUGUUUAUUUUUUCACUGGUGAGAGAGAGAGCAAGAGAGCGCGAGUGUGGCAUUCUGGGAAGGAAUAAGAGGAAAUGAGAGAGAGGAGGAUGAUGGAGGGAUAGAAGACGAAGAGAGAGACGCAAUACGAGUGCACGAUUUGGUCGAGGUGUGAAGGGAGAAGUCCCUAGGUGGUGUCAGGCAUGUCAGAGCUGAGAGAGUGUGAUGAGGCAGGUGUGUCAGUAGAGGGCGACGCUGAUUUGCUUCUGGAGGAAGACGAGGAAGAGGAUGAAGAGGAGGAAGAUGAGUCGGCGAGCAAUAAAGAGCUUAUAGAGAGACUCAGAGAGCUGGAGGCGGAGAACACAUCCCUGGCUCUGGCCAAUGAGAGUCAGAGAGAGGCGUAUGAGCGAUGUUUAGAUGAGGUGGCAAAUCAUGUAGUUCAGGCUCUGCUGAACCAGAAGGACCUGAGGGAGGAGUGUAUAAAGCUGAAGAUGCGAGUGUUUGAUCUGGAGCGACAGAACCGGACUCUAACGGACUUCCUCACACACAAGCUGCACUUUUCCUCCUCACCUUUACACCAGUUGUCGUCAGUGGCGUGUGCAGAUCACAGGUCAGAUCCCUUGCUGCUCGUCAGUGAGACGCCGGACGCCGUGGUCACUCAGGGGACAGAGACGGACAGUGACGAAUGCAGACAAAACGCAACUAAGAACUCGACUCAAGCUUCAGCAUCAUCCAUGGAGGCCAUGUCUCCAUUCCUGAAGAAGAAAGCACACAUCCUGGAGGUUCUUCGUAAGCUGGAGGAAUCGGAUCCCCUGAAGUUUCAUCCAUCGGCUUGCUACCAUCAUCAUCCUCACACACAGUCACUUUUAGCAGGAGAAGUGACUAGCAUGCUGAACCCGAGUCCACAUCAGCAUCAGUGUAGACAGUCCAGUUCAGAUUCCGAUCUUCAUGAACACACUCAUGGUAUCAAUGAGGGACAACAGGACAGCCGUGCAUCCUUUGGAGGUUGUCCAUCUUGUCUUAUCCUGCAGCAGAGAUCAAGCCUGGAGUUGCUUAAGGGUAAUCAAGCACUCAGUGUGCCAUCAGGUUCUGGUAAAGAUGAAAAGAAGGGUCAGAUGCGGUCAGAAGAGUGCGCUGCUGAAAAAGCACUAGGUCAAGACAAAUCCAAUCAGCCUAGCUCAGAAGAUCCAAAGAGUGAGUGCAACAAGAGACAAUCAAGCAAGAUUUCGCCUUCAAAGUCAAAAGGUACCAAUAAAUAUCAACAGGAUAAGAAAUCUGAAACUAUUUCAUCACCAAAGGGGGGGAGGAUGAAGGAGUCUCUCAAAGUUGCCACAUCAUCUGAGAAACAAAAGCCUGAGAUCUGCAAUGGAGACUUCUCAUCCUCUAAAGAAACUGCAGUCUCCAAUAAAGCAUCAGUUGGAUCGUAUUCUUCAGCCUCAUUGCCAGAGAAAAGUACAGCAGCGUUUUCACAGCAGCAGGAUGCAGAAAAAAGUCCAGUGUCCUUGUGUGGUGAAUCCAAACCUUCAACAUCAAUGCUCCUGAAGUUGCUCAGGAUACCCUCAGCAUCUGAGAAAAUGGCAUCACGCUUGAGUCCUCAACUGACACGUAACUCAAAAAUCCCAUGCAGAAACUACGAAAUGCCGACACGUAAGGCAACAACAACAGAACGAACUGUCAGCCCUAAAACAGGUUCUCACCCUGGCACCCAUUCAGCCCCAACAUCUCCACCAAAUCCUGAGGAAACAUCUUCCAUUAAUAUAAGAGUUCCAGGGUUAAGUAGUCAGUCUCCCCCUAAACCUAGCAAGGAUUCUAAAGCAGGUGCUCAGGUACCUCACUAUGAAAAUGUUGUUGGUGCAUCCACUUCCAGCUCCACCACGGCUACCAAAGACAGCACAGAACUUUCUGAAAAGCAAAAAAUUAACUGGAGAGAUGAAAAGGUCCUCAAUCCACUUUCCUCUGAAUCUUCAACGAGCACUAGUGAGUCUUCUUCCUCCUCAUCAGAUCAGGACACAGACACAGAAAGUCCAGUUUGGCAAAGAUCUCAGCAGCAUUUCAGCCUCCCAAACUCAUCAUCAUCUGCAAAUAAGUCCCAAAGGAUGAGCUACCCCGGCAUGAAGGAUGGAUAUAAUGAAAGAGGACCUACAGCUGCAUCUCCAAAGGGUGGAUCUUCUAGUGCAUCUCAGGUUGUGGUCAAAAGAAGAGACAGACAACCAUCGGUGCAAGGCAGGAGAGAAAUCAUCAGCAGCUACAGUGAGACGAGUUAUCAUCCCUUCAAAGAACGUUUAGCAGUUCUUGGAAGACUGCAGAAUGUAGAAGAUCUGCAUCAGCCUGGAGUAAAAAGAGGGGCACAAGGUAAUGUUAGCAGAGCUGCUGCAUCUGCUGGGAAAGGAGAACGAAGCAAAACAGCAGAUAGACAAAUCGAGAGAAUCACAAUGGAGCAGCGCAAACACACUGGCUCGCUCGAAGGAAAAUCAUAUCCUAAAAAUAGCUUCAGCAAUUAUGCCAAGGUCCACUCAUCAUCAUCAUCAUCAGCUGCAGCAGUAGCAGAAAGGAAGUACAUCACAAAGCCACAGAGUCAGAAGACCAGAGCAGGAUUGCCUUCAACAUCCUCAUGUGAAACUCUUGUAGUAAUGCGAAGCUACGGGAAGUGUCCCAAUCCCAUGAACAAAACUGUACCAAGUCCCCAGAGCAGUCCUACCAGAGGGCAAUCCAAGUCUCCAUCCAAGGCUGGAAAUGCCUCUUCUUAUCCUCGAGGAAUGAAACCAGUUCAGGAAGAGCAUCUGAUCCUUCAGAAGCAUCAGUCACCCAAAACCGCUGCUGGGAAGAAAAAGACUUUUACACAUGUAGACACCUUCCCUUCUCCCCUUCCAUCCAAAUCUGCACUCGACUUGGCCAAGUCCCCUCAGGACAAAAGACCUUCUGUCCCACAGUCCUCCAUCGAGCAGAAGGUGAUGCGAGGAAUCCAGGAGAACGUGCUUAAACUGCAGGAACAGGAUCGAGGACAUGCUGUAGAAACGAAACAGAAAGCAUCCAAUGGGAUUGCGAGUUGGUUUGGACUGAAGAAAAGCAAACUUCCUGCCCUGAGUCGCAAACCUGAAAUGUCCAAAAUCAAAUCAAACACGUCUUCAUCAUCCGCUUCCUCAGGAACCAAAGACAUCUCAGGGGCCAAGGGAGGGUCCAGGAAGGUAGUGGAAAGUUUAAACAUCUCAAAGCUCAUGGAGAAGGCAGAAGAUUUACGGAAGGCUUUGGAGGAUGAAAGGGUUUAUGUGAAAGGAGUCGGAAUUCCGCUGGACCGUUCAGCGAGAGGACGCUCCUGUGAAGUUAUUGUGGACCAAACACAAGGGCAGUUAUCUCUGAUGUACACAGGAGUGACGGGGGACAGCUUCAUGCAGCAGCUGCUCAACAGGGUGGAUGAAAGAGGAGCCUCCAGUUUCGGCAUCAUGCACAGGCGUCUUUCCUUCGACUCUAAAAGGUCACAUCCUGUUUUCAGCCAUCAGCAAAGCUGCGUCCGUCAAACCAGGAGCGGAGAGGAGAUCAAAUGCUCGGAAAUGAGCCGAGGCGAUGACGUGACGUCUGACGAGAGCCUGGCCGAGUCCGUCAGCUCGCAGCACUUUAAAGGCUCCAUGCGCACUCUGGACAGUGGGAUCGGGACGUUUCCGCUUCCCGACUACAUGAACAGCGCUGCCGGAAAACUCAACCCUAAACUCCACGGCUCGUCUGUUUCUCACCAAGCGGCAAUGAAACCUCGAAAAACACGAACCCUGGAGGGAGGACUAGCGUCUUUAGAUGAAGUGAACACUUCUGUACUCUACACUUCUCCACUAGAGGCCAAGGGAACCAGUGUGCAUCUGUCCAGCACCAUCCACGAAGACAUUGAUGUCUAUGGAGAUCAUUUUCAAGCCCCACCCACUGCAAACUGGGUGUUUCCCAAAUCGAGAGGCUCAGAGGGACAGGCGGAGCCACCGAGCCAACAAACUCCAUCCAAGCAGAUUUUGGAUAAAGUUCCUCAGGUUCCUCGUGAUGUGGAACCUAGAAACGUUUCACCGUCAGGAGGACGACGGGGGAAGGGUCGGAGUCAUGGAGCCCAGGACACGCUGAAAGAUGGAAAUGCAGAUUUAAUGAAGGAACGAAGUGAUGAACUUUUAUCUCCUAACCGGCCUCAAGCAUCUGAAACCCCAGAAUCCCUCAGCGACUCACUGUAUGACAGUCUGUCCUCGUGCGGAAGUCAGGGAUAAAAAUAAAUAAAUAAAUAAAUAAAUAAAUGAAUAAAUAAAGAGGAAAAAACAAGAACUCAUCUCCUGCUGACAAUCCAAAAGCAGGAACUGAUCCUUCAGCAGAUCUCACACCAACUGAACACCUGACUUCUAUCCACAUUUUCAGUUUGGAUGAAAUAUUUCUGACCAGAAAGACCAGGUGUGAGAAAAAACAUGAGCUUCCUCAUGUUCCUCAUGAACAUGAGCAUCCUGCACCACACACACACACACACACGCACACACACACACACACACGCACACACACACCUCUCUCUCUCCUAUCCAUGAACACCAUACAUGUGUUUUGUUUUAAGUAACAUAUUCACGCACGUUUCUAUCCACUGACAGAAAAAAUAAACAAAAGCAUGACCUCAAGACGUCAGCUGGAGAACAGUGAGGAACUGACCACAGCAAUGAGGAGGAACACCACACUGAGUUUUACCUCUGAUUAGCCUGCGGAAAAUAACAUGGAAUAAAAAUACUCUGACCUUUCACAUAUUAUAGAAAUAUUUAAAUCCCACAGUUUUAAAGAAGAGUUCCAGAGAAAAGGGCGGGGUCUGAGUGAGGGGUGGGGUGUGAGUGAGGGUGGAGUCUGUUCAAGGGGUGUGGUCUGAGUGAGGGGCGGUGUCAGCUGGGUGAGAAAAUAGUGUAUGUGCAAUUACAUAUAAAUAAAUAUAAAAAUAUCUAUCAAGAGUCGGGAUAAUAUCCUGAGGUAAUGAAUUAUUUCCUGCUCUCUCUCACUCUCUCUCACACACGCACACACACACACACACACACACACACACUGUGCCGAGUUUAAUACGCUUCUAUUGAUGAUAUUUUCCCUAUUUCGUUAAAAAUCUGUCAUGUUUGAAUGUUUGUUUCUUGCGGUGUCGUCUCGGUUCCUGAUGUUAUUCUUUUAUAUUAUUUAUUUACAUUUUGUUUAUAUGGAUUUGUUCUUUAUAUCUAAUGGACUUUCUGUAUCUUGUGCACUGAAGUUUUCCCUGUGAAUAAUAAUAAUAAUAAUAAUAAUAAUAAUAAUAAUAAUAAUAAUAAUAACGGAAUUUAUGGUGCUGUGUAAAUAAAUAGCAUUUCUGAAGAAGACAAACUAAAGAGCCAUAAAUAAAUAAAUAAUAAACAAUGGGCACAAUGACACAUCAGUUCAUUUACAGUGAAAAUCUAAGACAUUCUCUCGCUCACAAACACACACACACACACACCUCCUCUCUGUAUCCAUGUUAUUUUUGUUAUUUUAAUAAGCUAAGCUUUGUUCUGUUUUCUCUUGAUUUAUUUUUAUAUUUAAAUCUUUACUGGUCUGUGUGUGUGUGGGGGGGAGUCAGUUGUAAAAAUGUUGUAAAAAUUCCCUGAAAUACAGACUCAUUAUCA